ACCACCACAUCAUAGAAGCAGUCAUGGUAAACAAAGUGUGACUUGGGGUGCUUAAUGCUGCCGCAGUGAUGUAUAAAGUUGCUCUUCGCCACAAAUUAUUCAUAAAGGAGGUCUGAAAACUUGGGUCAGCAGAGGAGGCGAGCUUCUCCCCUGUGUAUGAAGGAUCACAGCUGAAUCAUGGAAGGGAAGGUGGGGUGAGGGGCCACAAAGCAGUGCAGCUUUUUCUUGACUUUCUCCUCCUUCAAGGUGUGGUUACAGAGGAAGGGACAAAAGGAGCCGCUUUUAUGGGUUAGUUGCAGUCAGUCUGUGUUCAAGACCUUACACAGGUGUCUUGCCUGUUCGCCUGGGCCAAGUGCUCCAGCAGCCUUUACAUCCAGGCUUUGUGAGCCCUUCCGCUAUCACAGCUGUAGCAGAUCCCAGAGGGCGGCAGUAACACCAUGGCUCCAUCUACUCAAGUGCUGGACGGAGGAUGGGGGUGGGCGAUUGUCGUGGCCUCAUUCAUGGCACAGCUCCUGGCCUACGGAUCACCCCAGUCCGUGGGCGUCCUGUACCCAGAGUGGCUGCAUGCCUUCCAGGAGGGCAAAGGCAUGACAGCUUGGGUGGGCUCCCUCGUCGCUGGAGUGGGCCUAAUAGCCAGUCCUAUCUGCAGUGCUUGUGUGGAUAACUUUGGGGCUCGUCCAGUGACGGUCUUCAGUGGUGUGAUGGUGGCAGGAGGCCUGAUGCUCAGUGCCUUUGCACCCAAUGUCCAGUUCCUCAUCUUCUCUUAUGGGAUUGUUGUUGGCCUAGGUUGUGGUCUAGUCUACGCAGCCACGUUGACAAUCACCUGUCAGUAUUUUGACAAGAGACGCGGCCUGGCCCUCGGCAUUGUCACUACAGGUACAAGUUUUGGCGCUUUCAUCUACGCCACUGCACAGAAUGAACUGAUUGUCCUUUUUGGCCUCGAUGGCUGCCUGCUCAUCAUUGGAGCCGUUGCGCUAAACUUGAUGGCCUGCGCUGGCUUCAUGAGGCCCCUCAACAUGCCAGGUUACUACCUCAAACAGAAGGCUGCUUUGGAACGCCACACAGAAGAGCAGCUUUUCGAAAAGCCCCAGCUGGAUGACUUGAAGAUUACAACAGGUUCCUCCACCACCACUCCAGAGAAAACUCUGACAGUGAAGGAGCUGCUCAUCACCAUCGAUUCCAAGGACUUGUCCAUUCAGACAGAGAAGAAGAAAGGAACCUUCCUGGCUGGCUUGGCCAUCAUGAAAGUCAUCAAGAAGAAGCAACAAUCUUACAGCAAAUAUAUCCAUUCAAUGCAUGAAAUCCUGCAGGACCAGGCCAUGGUGGCUUUCUGUAUUGGUGUGUUCCUGUUUAGUCUUGGGGCGUUUCCUCCUGUGCUGUUUAUUGAGGAUGUGGCUCAGAGUGAGGGACUCAUUGAAGAAGUCAGCGUAUUUCCUCUGGUUUCAAUAGGGGCCAUUGCCACUGGUGUGGGUAAAUUAGUACUGGGUAUCCUGGUGGACAUCAGAUGGAUCAACGGCAUCUAUCUGUAUGCUUUCACCAUGUUCGCCGGGGGUGUAGCCCUGCUGCUUAUCCCUAUUACUAAGAGUUAUCUUGGCCUGCAGAUCCUGUCUGCUGUCUUAGGUUUCUUCUCUGGAAACUGGUCUCUCACCUCUUACAUUACAACAAAGAUUGUUGGUUUGGACAGACUGACUCAAGCCCACGGCAUCCUGAUGUUCUUUGGAGGCUUUGGGAUCAUGCUUGGACCCCCUGUUGUAGGUUGGUUCUUUGACUGGACGCAGUCAUAUGACCUGGCAUUUUACUUCAGCGGGAGCGUCGUGGUGCUGGGUGCCCUCAUUCUGUUUGUCCUCACCCUUCCCUGCUGGAACAGGAAAGACACUGACAAUGACAGGCCAGACAUCCACUACACCAGCAACUGUGACAAAGUUGCUUCUGUAGCGUGAAUAUGAAUACCUGACAUAAGGACUCAUGUCUCACGCCAACUGCCCAGCAACUGUCUGCUGUACCUAAACACCUCUAAGAGGAACUUCUCUCUUUGAUUUUUGAGGGAGAUCUGCUACAAGGUGUUACGAAACCAAAAUAUUAGCCAGAGGUUUUGAAAUACAGGCUCCUUUGCUGUACCUUGCCUGCAUUUCUCAGGUGGAUACCAUAUACUGCAAAUGUUUUUAAAGAUUUUACCUAGAUGCCUGUGUUGUUUUUUUAAUUAUUGCCUCAUUUUAUGAGGUACACUAAACAAUACUACUAGCUCCCUAUUUUACUGUUUUUUUAAUUCUUGGGAGCUCUGAAAUAAGAUGGUACCUCUCAUAACAAUGGGAAGACAAAGGCUCGUGAAACCCUAAUACUAUUUAAAACCAAUAUGCAAAUGCACAAAACAUCUUCCAGAAAUUCUAUCUGGAACAGAGAAUACAGGGAUUGGACUAGUGGGGAGAUCUUUGACAAUUGUAAGUCUCGCAACCUGUUUUUUAUUUGGGAUUUUAAUUUUUAUAUGUUUCAGUUACUUCACUAUGUAACUUACCAAAGCAUCGAUGAUAGUCAAUGCCUGGCAACACAUAAUGCCUGUGGAACAACACAUAAGCCUUGCUUUAUAGAUAAUCUUCAUUUUCAAGUGCAUUGACUUUUACAUUACUUUUACAUCUACUUUUAUACUUGUGUGAUUUCAGUUUACCUGUAGGUUUUUGCACAGUCAAAAUGUUAUAAGUAACACUGAUAACAUCCUACUGUAACCAUGUUGACUGCAUGUUAACUGAUUUUGUGGCAUGAUUAUCACAAUCAUUCUAAGCAGGCUGGACCUUUCCCAUUAUACUCUCUGCAUAUGUGUACUUUUGUGUUAUGUGUUUAACUGGGUUUAUGUAUGUGUGUUGUUUGAUAAACUUUUCUAUAAAUGUUUGUUUUAUGUUCUUGCCUAGGUGAGGUUUAUAAACACACAGUGGGUCAUAGGUGCACAUUUAGGCCUUCUGUGAAAAUGAGAUGAGUUAAGUUGGACGUUUAUGUCACAAUAAUUGUAAUGACUGUUUUUGCAGUAGGCUUUUAGAAUCACUUGAAAGUUGUAGUCAGGUCUCAGGCAUAAGGGUUAAUCUGGGACAGUAGUGUUUUUUUAGUGUUAGUAGGAGACAUUUCAGGGUGCGAAUGGGUGUGUGUACAAUACAAAAAGCUCUGACCAAGAAGGCUAGAGACAGAUGGACUGUCACUUUUUCGUCAGUGCUGCUAUUUUUUUAAAUGCCAGUAUUAUACAGUAAUAAUUGUGUAUUUCUGUUCUGCGAUUUUAUUUAAAAUGUGCCAAUAAAUGAUAUUUAAAUACA